UUGGUGGAUAGAAUUUAAGAGUAGGAGUAAAGAGCAAAUGACAUGAUGUUACACACUCUUGUACAGUAGGUGGCGGUAUGCACCUUAAAGUUGGUUGCGAUCCGCCAGAAACCGAGAGAAGAAGAAGAAGAAGAAGAAGAAGGAACCUUUCUUGCGCUGCUGUGAGCCCAACACGGAACUUAAGAGUGUUACACCCACACUAGUACCGCUAAUGCUAACGCUAACAGCUGUGUGGCUAGCCUCGCCGGUUCCUGCUGAGUGUUCACCUCCCGUUUCUCCCCAGUUCAACUCUCACUGUACUUUAACUAACCUCUGCAGAGCUGCAUGACAGAGACCGAGCUGUGUGUGUGUUACUGUUUAGUGAAACAUCCAUGAAGCGAUGAAACGAUGAGAGGAGGAGUGUGCGUCGCGUGACUCAGCUCUUGUGUAGCCAUGGAGAAGCCCUGGAGGCUGUGGGGGGCGAUGGAGCGUUGUACCCUGACUCUGGCCUCCUGGUCCUGGGGUGCUUGUCGAGUCUCCCUUUUGGCCCUCAUCCUCACCUUCCACCUGUAUGGAGGAUUCUUUCUCCUAGCUCUUAUCCUAGCCUCUGUGGCGGGCAUCCUCUACAAAUUUCAGGACGUGCUCCUCUACUUCCCUGACCAGCCCUCCUCCUCUCGCCUUUAUGUUCCCAUGCCAACAGGAAUCCCUCAUGAGAAUGUGUACAUACGCACCAAGGACGGCGUGAAGCUCAACCUCAUCCUGCUUCGCUACACAGGAGGCGACACACCUCCUGGAGUCACCCCUGGCAAUCAAAGCAGCCCCACCUCCUCUGCUCCACCUACCAUCCUUUAUUUCCAUGGUAAUGCAGGUAAUAUUGGUCACAGGGUGCCAAACGCCCUGCUCAUGCUGGUCAAUCUGAAAGCCAACGUGGUGCUGGUGGACUACCGUGGCUACGGAAAGAGUGAGGGUGAGCCCAGUGAGGAUGGGCUGUACCUGGAUGCCGAGGCCACACUGGACUAUGUCAUGACCCGUCCUGAUCUGGACAAGACAAAGGUGGUACUAUUUGGCCGCUCACUGGGGGGUGCUGUGGCUGUGCGCUUGGCGUCAGUCAACCCUCACCGCGUAGCAGCCAUUAUUGUUGAAAACACCUUCCUCAGCAUCCCCCACAUGGCAGCGACACUCUUCUCCUUCAUGCCCAUGCGCCUGCUGCCCUUGUGGUGCUAUAGGAAUCAGUUCCUCUCCUACCGACAGGUGGCGCUGUGCCGCAUGCCCUCGCUGUUUGUGUCUGGUCUGUCGGACCAGCUUAUCCCUCCAGUCAUGAUGAAGCAACUAUAUGAACUGUCUCCUGCACGGACUAAACGCCUAGCUAUCUUUCCAGAGGGCACGCACAACGACACAUGGCAGUGUCAGGGCUACUUCGUUGCUUUGGAGCAGUUCAUGAAAGACCUGAUGAAGAGCCACGCCCACGAGGAGAGCGCUCAGCCCUCCUCCAGUGUCACCAUUAUCUGAAAUAAACGGUCAGGGACUGACUGUUGACUACAGGUUAUGGGCUGGAGUAAGCGAAGGCUGUCACGUAAAUUGAUUAGAUGGACUUCAUUGAUUUUUGGAAAGAAUGUACAUUUUUUUAUGCUUUUGUCUGGGUUUCUAUUUUAUUUCACUCUUUCUACCUUUUCACUUUCUGUAAAUGUAACAUAUUUGUUCAAAUUAUUUGACUAUUUCAAGGGUUUAAGAGAGGGUAACAAUGCCCUCAUGGCUUCUUUCGUGUUGCAGCUAUGAAUGCAUGUAUUUAUGACCAUAAAUGAAUGAAGCCAGAGCAUACAUGCCCACUCUGUCACAACCACAAAAGAUUUGCCGUAAUGGGUCUACUGAAAUUAAUUAUGAAAACUGAAACAAUUGCUCACAGUAUAAUGACCAUAUGAGGACCUACAGUAUCACAGUGAAGACUGAUUACUAAUGGAAUUAAAAUUACACUUCUUCUGAUAUACGAAAUGAGACACUGAUAAUAUGUAGACCUAUACUGUAUAUAUCUUUGUUAAUACAUUACAUUGCACUUAUUUUUGUUCAGAUUUACCCGAGUGUUGAGUUAUGUACGCUAACAUCUUCUGAGCAAUACUUUGAGGAGCAUAAGGAUGUUUUUUCUCUUCGCUUUUGGUGAGGAUCAUUAAUAUUUAGAGCCCUUGCAACAGCUCAGCAUGACAUGACAUUGUAGUGAUUAAUAUUUAUACCCUUGAAAAUUUUGUCUGGCAAAAUAGCAUAAAAACUUGUGCUGCUGAAUAAUGAUAUUCAGCCUUAAAAAAAGUGUUGAGUGCUGAGAUGAAGUGGUCAGUAAGAUAACGUUGACAUGUUUGUAACUAUCAAAAACAACCUCUUGAAAUUUUAUUUCCUGUCAAACUACUUCUGUUUCAGUGCGAUUUGGAUAAUCUACAAGAUAUUCUCCCCGUUACUGCUUCCAGUUCAAACGCAACUAGCACACAGGAUAACUUUUACAGUUAAGUUGCUAUUUGGCAACGUUGGCUCCUGUAGUUUGGUAAAGAGCAUUUGCUCUGUGUGUGUGGUUUUGUUUUUAAAGGAUUGGUUCAGAUUUUUUUAAGUCUAUCUUAGUGCAACACUGUAACACAUGCCCAUAUGUACGCUGAAACGUUAACGGUCGCUGUAAUCUUCCCCUCCGUAUGCAUCCUGAACAUGAUCAUUUGCAAUAUAAAGCCAAGAUAAUCUAACAGGAAAUGGGGGAGAAAAUCUAGUCCCCCAUUUUUAUCCAAAAAAAAGUAUUCCAAAGAUGAGCAGAAGCUAAUAUGAAGCUUCAGCAGUCUGAGUAAGAUAAAUCAAGUAGGCAUUUUCUAAGGUAAAGUCUUAUUAAGUAGAAUAUGUCCUCUUUGUGUUACUGUUCUUCCUCCCAGAUCAACAAGGAAAUACACACUGGCAAAGGAGAGAUUUUGUUUAGAAAGACUCUUAUUUUGUCUAACUCAGAGUGAAGUCUCUUAAGUACGGGAUUUUGUCCCCCGUCUCUUGCACUCUAAUCACACUAGGAAAGGAUUUCUUAAUGGCCAGUAUAGACAGGAAUAGGGUUGCAAAAGGUAUAUUCAAGGUGGAAACUUUCCAUGGGAAUUAACAGGAAUAAAAUGGAAAUAUAGUAUUUGCUCAGACAUUAUUUACCAUGUCAUAUGCAGAUAGAAACAACCAUUUUACCAUAUUAUAUGCAGACAUUAUCCAUUAAUUUGCCAAAUGGAUUAAUUAAUUUGUCAAAUACAUACGAUGUGAAAUGGGCCAAGGGGUGAGUUAGCUAGCUAUAAUUUGACAAUGUGGAUUGUGUGCAAAGUUGGGAUUCAAAUUAUUUCCCCACAUAGAAACAAGGUGUUAACAAGGUAUAAACUGUGUAUUUUGCUUUCGGCUACUGGUUAACUGAAAUAUUGUAAAAUAAAUAUAUUCUCCAGUAAUAUAAUCCAGACUUAUAUUUGGCUCAGACAGUGCAGUAGUACGGGCUGCACAUGUGCAUGCAGAGGGUUAUAAUUUUAUUGAAACACUAUUUAAGGAUACUGACAAAUGAUCUGUACAUGUGAUGCAAGAGUGUGCUGCUGAAUACAGUGCAUGGUUACAAUUCAUUAAAUGGGCUUGCUUUUAACCAAAACAUGCCAUGCCACCCUCCAAAAAAUUCAAUAAUUUCACAAUUUUUAAAUUUAAACUGUGGAAAUUUACGGGACAUUCCGCCCGUUUGCAAGUCUAGACAGGAAGAACAAAUACAACGACCAAUUACUCUGUCAGCACACAUACAUAUGUGAGUAUUGUAUUAAGCCAGUCUUGAAAACAACCCUGAACCCAUUCUUUAAGAACUAAAAAUAAAGUGUGAGCAUUUUUAAUCAAAUGUUGUGAUGAUUUGUUUGCUAUUAUCAGCACCAUAAUUGUUAAUCUGAGGAUUCUAGGUUCUCGUCUCACCCCAUGCUUAUGUGGCACAAUGGCUUUACUCACUUGGAGGGCUUUUAAUGAGCUAAUUAACCUUUCCUGCACGUCUUCCAGGGGGUAGAGAAGAGCCUGACGAUUCAAACACUGUUAUCUGCACUUGCUUUCCAAAUGCAGCAUGCUGCACUGCAGUGGUAUUAAAGCCAUUUGAAUACAGAUCUCCUUAGCCAUAUUCUACUGUUUUCUAAACAGUAUGCUUAACAAAAUUUAACAAACAUCAAAAGACCAAAUUUGUUUGUGUCAAUGUGAACUUGAAAAAUGGUCUAAAGGCUACUAUGAAUGUAAAUUGUGCUCUUAAAUUAACAAGUGUGCUUUACAAGAAAUAAUGUAUAGAUGGUCUUUUCUCCCUUUUUUGUGUGACUUUUUGCCACUAAUUGCACAGAACAGUUUCAGAUAUUUUUUUGCAUUAUAUCAAAUCCAUAAACUGAGUUCCAUUCAUCCCAUCAUGUGUUGUGCAAUCCCACUUCAACCAUGUGAUUAUACACUCAUUUUGUUCCACAGGCUUUGUUUGACACACUUCUGCUGUUAGUUUGCAUUGCGCCAUCUGUUCAUUCAAGAAAAGACGUAGAAACUUGUCAUCAUUCACUUGAUUUAUUGUUUUGAUGGCUGGCCUAAAGCAAAGUCAAUAAUAACUAGAAUAUUGCGUUUUUCUAUCCUAGCCAAAUGUAGUGUUAUUGUCCAACACUGUCGAUGAAAAGAAAUGGAAUCAAACCGAAUGUCUCUUCAUUUUUAUAAUAAAUAAAAUCAUUUGCCAGGUAUUCUUCAAAUGCACUAUGGGACAUAUUUGUAUAUGUUCUUAUGAUUGUUAAUAGAGUGGAAUGAACGAUGUUGAAAGUGUUGGCAUCAUUUCAAAUUUGGCAUUUGCAAGCUGGCAUGUGAUUACGUUGAGUGCUGACAAAUUUCUGUAAUGGACCUGCACAGUGUUGAUAUUAUUUGUGUGCAUCUACCACGACUAUCUGAACAGUCAGACGUCUGAAUGACUCAUCUUUAUCUUCAGUGUGAAGCAGUCAGUUUGAGGUUUGAGGGGUUUUUCCAUUUUACUUGUUUGUUUUUUUUUCUAUUUCAAAACAAUGUCAACAACUUCUUUUGUAAGCACACAUUUUCACUUUCUAUUUUCUGUACUGUAACAUGCAAUAAAUUGAUACAUUGAAAUUGUU